AUGAGUGAUGAACCUGUGUCCGGAAGGGCAAGGGGUAGAGGUGGACGUGGUCGAGGUAAACCACAAGAGCAACAAGCACCCGGUCCGACCCAGCCACCAGCAGCACAACCCCCACGGGAAGGACCUGGACCUGGUCCUGCUCCAUCUGUAGGAAGAGGAAGAUCAAAGGGCCCCCCGAGACAGCAACCACCACAAGAGGCGGCAGCACCGAUAGCAGCACCAGCCACUAUUGUGCAAGUACCACCAGCAGAGCCUUCAGUUAGUGGUCGGGGAGUUCAUCGUGGAGGUGGCAGGGAACGAUCUCAUGCCAGUGGUGAUGUUCCAACAGAGGAGAUGGCCCGAAUGGGUUUGGAGAGAACUUACAAACGUAGACAGCCUUAUGAAAGAUACGUGGAAGCUGCUUACAAGGAGGGAGACAAGGACCCUCACGGGUCAUAUGGCUCCAAAAUCGAGCUCGUCACAAACUACUUUCGAGUGACCUUGCCAUCUGAGUUCAAAAUCUGGCAGUAUCAUGUGAACUUUAACCCAGAAGUGGAAAGUAUUCGAGUGAAGUAUGCCCUCAUUGCCAAUUUGGACCUUGUCAUUGGAACAGUGAAGUGUUUUGAUGGCGGGAUCCUGUACCUAUGCAAAAUGCUGCCAAAUGAGGUGACUGAAUGCUUUGCAACUCGAUCCUAUGAUAAUGCAGUUAUCAAAAUUGAAAUCAAAAGGGUUGCAGAAGUUUUUUCCACUUCACCACAGUUUAUUCAGAUCGUCAACCUGCUCUUUAAGAAAGUUCAGAUGGCGAUGGGAAUGAAGUUGAUUCGAGACCACUAUUUUAAUCCAACCCAGGCUGUGAAAAUCCUGAAACACAAGCUGGAAGUCAUGCCAGGAUUUUCCACAUCUAUUCUGAGAUAUGAGGCCGGAAAUCUACUAGGAGUUGAUAUUGUUCAUAAGAUUCUCAGAAUAGAUACUUUCUUGGACUGCCUGUACAACCUCUACUACUCCGUGGGCCAGCAAGAUAUGCAGAUUUUCCGUGCGGCUGCAGUCAAGCAAUUUGUGGGCACUAUUGUUAUGACAAGACAUAACAACAAAACAUAUCGUGUUGACGAUAUUGACUGGGAAGGCCGCCCUACCAACACUUUUGAAAAGGGAGGAACUCCGAUGACCUACAUUGAUUACUUUAAAGAGCGCUGGAACAUUACAGUUGUGGAUCAGGACCAGCCACUCCUGGUAGUCAAGCCAACAGAAAGAGAUCGGAGAAGGGGGGAGAUCAGAAGAACCUUUAUCUGCUUCCAGAGUUGUCUCAGUGAAGAGGUCAGGUCUGAUUUCAACGUGAUGAAAGACUUAGCCAUUCAUACUCGAAUUGGUCCAGAUGGGAGGCUCAAGACACUGGAGGAUUUUCUGAAACAAAUAAAUGCGAGUCAGAGAGUGAAGGAGAUUUUGAGUCCCUGGCAAACUCAGUUAGAUAGUAAGGCUUUAACCAUUCCAGCCAGACAGUUUCCAGCAGAGCAGUUGCUGAUGAAGAACCCAAAGGGAGAUUUGGCCAAAAUAACCUACGACAUAAAAGAUGCUGAUUGGAGCCGGAACAUGAGAAACUACAAACUCCUGAAUGCCGUCAACAUACAGCAGUGGCUGUUGAUCUACCCGCAGAAGUUGUCUCAACCAGCAAAUGAUCUGGCAGAUUGCCUGAACCGUGUGGGUGCUGGAAUGGGAAUGAGGAUUGCUGAGCCAACCAGGGUGGAGUUGCACAAUGAUAGAAAUGAUUCAUUCCUGAAUGCCAUUAGACAGAAUCUGAACCAGAAUGUUCAGAUUGUCGUGACAGUUGCACCCAACAAUAAAAAGGACAGAUAUGAUGCAAUCAAGAAAAGCUGCUGCAUUGAAAAUCCAGUUCCCAGCCAGGUGGUCUUACAGAAGACCCUGAUGAAAAAGCAGGGCCUGAUGAGUGUUGCCACGAAGAUUGCCAUCCAGAUGAACUGCAAGAUGGGAGGCGAGGUUUGGGGAGUUGAAAUCCCUGUGAAAGGUUUGAUGAUUGUGGGCAUUGACUCAUAUCACGACUCUGCCAACAAAGGACAGUCCGUUGGAGCUCUUGUAGCAUCCUUGAACAAAGAGUGUACACGAUACUACAGCAUGACAGAGUAUCAUCCCCGGGGAAAUGAUGCCCUAAAUGGCUUGACAACACUUCUUGCAGUUGCUUUGAGAAAGUACCAUGACAUCAAUGGCUUCCUGCCCCAGAAGUUGGUCUUCUACAGAGACGGUGUCGGUGAUGGUCAGCUGGAGUUUGUCUACAAGCAUGAAGUGGAGCAGGUAUUUGCAGCAUUCACCUCUGUCGGCGGGGAAGGCUACAAACCCAACAUGGCUUUUAUCAUUGUGAAGAAACGGAUCAACACACGUCUCUUUUCCGUUGACCGUAACCAGAUAGGCAACCCAUUGCCUGGAACCCUUGUUGAUUCACAUAUCACAAAACCUGAUUGGUAUGACUUCUUUUUGGUGAGCCAAUCAGUGAGGCAGGGAACUGUGUCUCCAACCAGUUACAAUGUCAUUUAUGACAAAACUGGUUUUCAAGCGGAUCACAUGCAGCGUCUUACCUACAAGCUGACUCAUAUGUAUUUCAACUGGCAGGGCACCAUCCGAGUUCCCGCCCCGUGCCAGUAUGCGCACAAGUUAGCCUUUCUCCAGGGGCAGAGUCUUCACAGACAGUUCUCAGCGCUGUUGGCAGACAAGCUGUUUUAUCUUUAG